AUGAAGCUGCUUGAGGCUAUCGUCUGUACCGCAGCGCUGAUGCCGCUUGCCGUUGCGGAUUGGCAAUUCAAGUCUCGAACCGACCUGGCCCCGCCUCGUUUGAACAUCACUAUCCCGGCUACCGAGGAUGUUGAGAAGGGUUAUCUCUUCAUCGCGCCUUUCCCGGGCCAGUGGGCAGAACCGCAGUUUCACGGCCCGCGCCAGGAAGCUCCGUACAUUGUUCGUGAUGACGGUGAGCUUGUUUGGUCGGGUUAUACCUACUUCUCCAUCUGGGCAGCCAACUUUCAAAAAGCCCGAUGGAAUGGUCAGGACAUACUUUUCAGCUUUGAGGGUGAUCAUAACCCGGCAUAUGGACAUGGUCAUGGCCACGCUACCAUCCUGAACCAGCGUUAUGAGACAAUUCGGGAGCUUCGCGCCGGCAACCACAAACUCAUGGAUAAGCAUGAAUUUCAUGUUGUCAAUGAGAAGACUGCCUUGCUUCAGGUUUACCAGCCUGUGCCGAAGGAUCUCUCCCGCUGGGGCGCCAGUCCUGAGCAGCAAUGGAUUGUCGAUGCGAUCUUCCAGGAGUUGGAUAUCACGACUGGAGAAUUGCUCUUCGAGUGGUCCAGCCUCGAUCACGUGUCCCCCGACGAGGCAGUUCUUCCUCUCAAUCCCGGUCAAGCGGGCGCAGGCUUUAACUCAUCCGACGCAUGGGACUACUUUCACAUCAACUCUGUGGACAAGGAUGUCGAAGGUAAUUACCUCAUCUCUGCACGGGAUGCUUGUGCAGUCCAUAAGAUAAAUGGUACCACCGGUGAGAUCAUCUGGCGACUGGGUGGUUUGCGCUCAGACUUCGAGCUCGGACCCAACGUCAAGUUCUGCUUCCAGCACCACGCGCGCUUCGUCGAGCAGAAUGCUGAUGAGGAGAUCAUCUCUCUGUUUGAUAACUCCGCUCAUGGAACCGAAAACCACCGUGGCAAAGAGGUCCACACUCAUCCUUUCUCACAGGGCAAAAUCAUUUCUGUCAACACUGCCACCUGGAGUGCGGAAAUUGUCCAGGCCUUCCAACCUCCUGAUGGGCUCCUCGCCAAGUCCCAGGGUAGCACUCAGCUGUUGCCCAAUGGCAAUGCCCUGGUCAACUGGGGCUCCGAGGGAGCUGUGACCGAGUUCCAGGGAGAUGGUACUCCAAUCUUCCACGCUUAUAUGGACUCGGGGCUGUUGGGCGAGGGUGUUCAAAACUAUCGGGCAUUCCGGUACAAUUGGACUGGCCUCCCAACAGAAGACCCGGCAAUCGUUGCUGAACGAACUCCCACAGGCACCGAAGUCUUUGUUUCUUGGAAUGGUGAUACUGAGACGGCGGUUUGGAGAUUCUAUGCCAUCACAGACCAAUUUGGAUCCCGGGAAUUUUUGGGCGAGGCUACACGUGAUGGAUUCGAGACAUCUUUCCUUUUGACAAGUCAUACAUACCAUAGCUUGGCUGCUGAGGCUGUCUCCGCUCACGGUCGGGUCUUAACCACCACUCGCGUUGCUCAUAUCCAGGACCCGGUGCUUCCUCCUGGUGCUGGCGUUGUGGGGCCUGAGGAUCGUAGCACUUGGAAACAGCUGAUCUUGCAGGCUUAG